AAGUGCGCGCGCUAAGAAAGAAAGAAUUGUGUUUUGCUAAUCGUCGGUAACGUCAUAGUCGUGGUUUUUCGCUAUUUCUCGUUUACCUUUUUCAUGCCCAUAAUAAAUAGUCGACCAACUUUAAUUGACCAUGAAUUACAUCAAAAGGAAUUGACCAUAUGGAUCGUGAUGUUGCGUAUUUUAAACCGUUCACAAAAAGUAAUCCAAAGUCAUUACUUACAUUUAUAUACUCAAGUUGGAACCACAUGGAAAAGUUUUUUAUUAAUGGUUUUAUUGAAAAAGUUCUGCAUGGUUCAAAAGUUAAAAUACAACCAUCAGAUAACAAUUUUUAAAAAGCAGUUUACGAGGUUUUUCAAAAGAGUAAAGUAUCUUUAUUAUAUUAUUAUAAAAGUUGGGUAAUUAUUUAGUUUAGUUUGCCUACUUACACCCCCGUCCGACCCCAAUCCUCUCCAAUAUUAAAUAUAAUUAGUUACGACUAAUCUAAUGACACAAAUUAACCAAUAUUUUGAUUAUGAGCCUAACCUAACCUAUAUAAAUUUUUAAACUCGAAAAAGUAUGUGAAGAAAUAAUUUCAUGCAACCUAAUCUAAAUAAUUACUUAAAAGUUAUAUUCAAAUACGCAAUUACAGACAUUUAUUAUGAAACUUCAAGUUUUGUGAUUAUUUACUAUAAUUAUUCCGUAUUAAUUAUACUGGUGGGAUAAAAUUUAACACAAUCUAGUAUGCCCUGACAUUGUAUUGACAGUGAAUGUCAUAGUGAGUUGUUCAUAACCUUACAAUAUAAAUAGCAAAUUUACUAAAUCGUGAAAAAAAAAAUAGAACUUGUUUUAAUUCAUAAAGACAAUUACAAAAUACAUAGAGAGGCCGCAAAUAUUUUUAAUAAUAGACAUUAGGCAUAUAAACAUUAACCAUUCAACAAAAAUUUUAAAUAAAUUUAAGGCUAGUAAUCCGGUCAAUUUGAACAUUCGAUGUUACGUAAACUCUCAUCAAGCUGAAAAUCGGUGAAAUUGUUUAAAAUACAAUUGAACAUAGAAUUUGAAUGUUCCCCAUCAUUUCCGUGUAUGGAAACAAUUUUAUUCAAGGUCAAAUGUGAAAAAAAUGAGUUUUUCGCAAUUUUCAGCGAAACGUUAAAAAUGUCUUCGUACCUCGAUAUCGAUCAUCAUUCAAAAUUAGUUAAACAUUUCGGAAAAUCGGAUGAUCACGUUGUUGACGACAUUAAAACUAUCAAAGAAUGGCUUCAAAAAGAAGAACAUCUACCAGAAAUGCCUUCCGAUGCUAUUAUAAAAGGAUUUUUGGUAAUCAAUAAGUUUAAUAUUGAAAAAACUAAAGAUGCUUUGCAUAUUUACUACACGAUAAGAGAAUUGAUGCCAGACAUUCUCAAAGGUUCUCGUCCUCUCGAUGAACAUAUCCAAGAAUAUACAAAAGUUCUUCCAUUUCUGCCUUUGCCGAAGCCCACGCCGAGAAUGCAACGAGUUGUUAUAGUAAAAUUCCGCGAUCUAGAAAAUCCGGAAGAUUUGGAUCUUUUAAAAAACUUAGCAUUGUACAGUCACAUAAACGAAAUUAAAUUGAAUGAAGAUUUGUCAUUGGGAGACGUGUAUAUCUUGGACUGCUUACAUUUUAAACCAGAGUAUCUGUCUAAAAUUAAUAAAGACGUUUUAAAAAAAAUCAGUUUUGUUAUAGAGGAAGUAUGGAAUAAAACUGUUAAAGAAUACCAUUUGAUUAAUAAUUCUGAGCACUCGAUUGUGUUCGGUAAUCUAAUAAGGGAACAUUUAUACGAAGAAAUUAAGGAAAACAUUUAUGUUCAUGAUACACUAGAAGAUUUGUAUAAGUGCAUUCCUAAAGAAAUUCUUCCAAAAGAUUAUGGUGGCGAGGAAAAAACCUAUGAUGAACUACUUGCUGAUUGGAACAAAAAAGUUUCAGAAUUCGAACAUAGAUUUCAUAAGCUGGACAACCUCGAAGGGGCAAACAAAUUACUGUCGCGCAAAUACAAAGGCAAAAACAUUUCCGAUUAUUUCAAUGAAAAAAUAAAAAAUUAGAUUGUUUCCUCAAAUUGACUCCAUUCUAAUAAAUAAAUCUUCACCCGCAUUAAA